AUGACAAAGAAACAACAGCGAGAGCAGGCCCUCGAGGCUCAGCUCCAGAUUAACGGCGUCGACGAUUGUCAGGUGUUCAUGGCCCAAAUUCAGACCGGCGGCGCCGAAGAGUUCAAGGAGACGACUCAUCUCAAGAUCGUCAUCAACUCGACCGAAUUUGGCGACUGGGAGGACGACGUUUGGUGCAUGUUCCUGCGUGACUUUGAACGUCUCUCGCAUAAUGUCAAGCAUCUUACAAUCACCAUCAAGGGCAAUACGCUUUUCACUCGCUACAACUAUGUCAAGCCUGAAAUGACCACUUCCAUGUGGGUCCCCCCUGCCAACAACGGCCAGGACGCCGAUCUCGACAACGACGUUGGUCAAGGUCCUAGCAAUGGCACAGCCAAGAAGCCCAAGUUCACCAGAACCACCGCCAACUCCAGGGCCACCGCCAACUCCAGGGCCACCGCAGCUUUACUCGACAGUCUCAACGCACCUGCUCCUGACCCAUCCUCCGAGGGCAAAUACGUAGUCAAGAGAGUGUCUGCCGACAAAGUCGCUGUUAUCGUCUCCGAGAAGGCAAUCGUCAAGACCUUGAUCGAAGUCUUCCGUGGCCGCUCCCUUCCUUACAUCACCAUCCAAGGCCCCAUUGAAAUAUCUCUCCGCCGUCACCUCAUUGGCCGCAUCAACCCUGAGUACCUUCACUCCCCCGUUCUCUUUAUCGAGGCUGGCUACGACGAUGCUGAUGGAGUUCGUGCAACGCAAGUAGCAUUGUGGGAGUCUUCGCUGCCCGAUCCUCAUCGUAUUGGCGGUGGCACUCAGGACGCUGAGGACUUCAGAGAGUGGCAUAAGGGUGAGGAGGAUAGUAUCAACUAUCACGGACUCGGCGAAUGGCUUGUCCCUUCCGGAAAGGGAGGCAGAAGUUUCUGGGGCUGGAGAGUCACCAAUGCCAAAGUCUUCAGAGGUCCCGUCAACGGAUGGCUUGGUAGAAAUGAUUGA